AUGCAUAAGUAAUUACUAAGAGACCAGACUAAUUUAAUUGGCUUGGGUAAUACAGGCCUCAAUGCCCAAGUAUUUUAAUCCUAAUAAAAUACCUAGAGAAUAGAUUAGGCACCUUUAAUAGCUAAUGUGAAAUAAUCACCAAAUAAUAAUUACAACAGUAUCAAUUAGUUUAGUAGAUCAAAGUCUGCAAUAGGCAUUGAUAUGAUAUUCCCUGAUAAUUAAGAAAAUUAUGAGAGAAAUUCUCCUUUUCUCAAUCAGUAACUAAACAUAGAUGUUUCCAAGAGUGUUGAUCUUCAAAUGAUGAGCCCAUCUGCUUUGAUUUAAAGUUGUUUGACAUUUAGCGGUGAUGAAAUGACUGAAGAUAUGAAUUUCUUAUCCUAAGCAAUGUAGCCUGAUAAAGUGUUUGAUUUGCCAAUGGCAUUACACAAAGUAUAAAAGGCUUUUUAAAACUCAAAUUAAAAUGCUAUGAAGCUUAAAGAAACUCUUGAAUUAGUGUUAUAAAGAGAGCAAUAAACACUUGAGAAAUAUCAACUUUUAAAGAGAGAAUUACAAAAUAGCAAUAUCAAGCAUGAAUAGGAUGCAGUUCAAAUGAAGCACAGUUUCAAAGAAUAACUCAUGAGUUUUACCCAAUCAGUUAAUUAACUGUAAGUUCAGGUUUAAGAGAAAGAGCAAGCUCUACUUAAAAUCAAAGAGUAAUCGAAUAAAAUUUACAAAUAAAAUCAAGAGUUGAAAAGUUAACUUGAAAUUAACAAUGAUCAGCUAGUUAAUUCUGAAAACUAGAAAGAAAGUCUUCACAGCCAAUUGAAAAGGAAAAAUAAAGAUUUUGAAGAACUAAGAUCACAAUUCGAUGUUCUUCUAGAUUAAGAAAACUUAUCCUCCGAAGAAAUUGAAAAAAUGCAAAAACGAUCUUAAAAAGAAGAGUAAAAGCUGAGAAAUAUUAUAGAUGAUAAAAACAUACUAAUUGAAGUUAUGUAAAAAGAAUUAGAAUGUGCCAAGCAAGAAAAUAGACUGGCUGAAGACGCUAAUGAAAAAUUUAUGCUUGAGCUAAAAAGAAUCAAGAGUUCAAUGAAAGAAGAGCUUGAAAGAAAAUACUUGGAGUUGUAUGAGUAAAAAAGAAUACUUGAAAAAGAGAAUGAGGAAAUGAGAUUUUAACUUGAUAGCAAAGGGGAAUUGAUUAAAUAGCUAGAGAAACAAUAUGAAAGAGCUUAACAUGAAUAGGAGAAAUUAGAGGGAUAACUUAUAUCAAUUAAGAAAGAUGUUAGCAAAAUAAAUGAAACUAAUAGAGAAGCUUUUACUAAACAAAGAGAGAGCUUUGAGUAAAGAAUCAAAGAAAUGGAAGAAGAAGUAACCAAGGCAUCAUUAAAUAGAUAUAAAAUUGAGUUAGAUUAGAAAUAAAGGUUUUUAAAGAUGACAAAAAAGUAUGAUGAGUAGCUAAGAGAAAUGAGAUAAUGUCUUGGCUAUGUAUUUACAAGACUUGGCCUGCAAGAGAUUCCGGAAUUUUUAAAAGAUGAUUUAGCUUAGUCAAUUAGUGAGCUGAAAAUAGAUAAUUCUAACUUAUAACUGGCUCUUUCUGAAUUCAAUAGAAUUAUUGAAAAUAUGAAAGAAGGACGAAACUUCAAUGAAGACACUUAAAACAUACAAGCAUAAUACGAGUAACUGUUAAAAGCUUACAAGAAUGAGUUAAAUGUAAGGAGAGGAUUACAUAAUCAGCUAUAAGAAAUUAAAGGAAAUAUUAGAGUGCUAUGCAGAGUGAGACCACUUUUAAAUCAUGAAAUGAAAGGGAGGAAAAAGCAUUAAUGCUUGAAAAUUCUCAAUCAUCAUAGAGUUUCAGUUACGAAUGAGUAGCAAGGAAAAGAACAUCCAUUUUAAUUUGAUAGAGUAUUCGAGCCUAGCAGUCAUCAAUAAGAUGUCUCAGAAGAAGUUGCUCAGUUAAUUCUAUCAAGUCUAGAUGGAUUUAAUGUGUGUAUUAUGGCAUACGGGUAAACUGGUUCUGGUAAAACUUAUACUAUGAUUGGUGAUGAUGAAAAUCCCGGCUUAUACUUUUCAUCUGUAGAUGAAUUAUUUGAUAAAAUUCAUGAUCGCAAGAAACUGAUUGAUUACGAAAUAGGGGUUAGUAUCGUAGAAAUAUAUAAUGAAUAACUUAGAGAUCUCUUAUCAAAGAAAGGCCAUAAUGUCGGGCAAGUAAUUAAACUUAGAGAUAAUGGGGAUGGGGAGACACUAAGUGAUUAGGUGAUUAAAACAGUCAAAUCUAAAAACCAAAUUUUGCAUUGCCUGAGAGAAGCUUGCAUGAACAGGACUGUAGGAGUUACUCAUUACAAUGAGUAAAGUUCAAGAUCUCAUUUUGUUUUCACACUGCAUCUAGCAGGAAAGCAUAGAUAAACAAAUGAAGUUUUCAGAGGAAGGCUUAACUUAAUAGAUCUUGCUGGCUCCGAAAGAAUAUUAAAAUCAUAAGCAGAAGGUGAAAGAAUCAAAGAGGCUAUGAAUAUAAAUUAAAGCUUAACAACUCUUGGUAAAGUUUUCUUGGCACUCCUCAAUAAAGCUUCUCAUGUACCAUACAGAGACUCCAAGCUAACUCAUUACCUGAAAGACUCAUUAGGUGGAGAAUCAAAGACUAUGCUAAUUGUGCAAGUUAGUCCAAAUGUAAAUGACUACGGUGAAAGUCUUAGCAGCCUUAAUUUUGGAUAAAGAGUGUCUUGUAUUGAGAAAGGCUAAAUUAGAGCUACCAUUGAAAGCCCUGAUAAAAUGAUUGCACCAUCAAUGAUUGGGAAAAGAAGUAAAAGUUAAAAUAGAAUGGAAUAUGAGGUCCCAAAAAAUAAAAGCGUGACUCCUUAGAAUAAAACAUUCAGCGGAGGCUCUGGAAAUAAUACAUUUAAUUAUAAUUGA